AAUUUUUAAGCAUUUAUUAAUGGCUUUACAACCCCCAAUUGAACUUACUGAUGUAUUACCCCCUCCAAAUCAUGAUGAUGUUCAAGUUCAAGUAAUGGCUAUUUGUUAUAUGCUCCUAUUUUUGUUGGGGACUUGUGGUAAUGUUGCUGUACUUACUACAAUAUAUCAAAUGGUUCGAUCUAGACGUGCAAAUUUAGACAAUACAUUAAUUUAUAUGGUUGUGCUUAGUUUUGUGGAUUUUGGAGUAUGUCUUUCUUUACCUUUCACUGUAAUUGACCAAAUUCUUGGCUUUUGGAUGUUUGGUUCCACAAUGUGUAAAUUACAUGCUGUUCUCGAAAAUUUUGGAAAAAUUCUCUCAGCUUUAAUUAUAACUGCAAUGUCUUUUGAUCGUUUUGCAAGUGUUUGCCAUUCAGAGAAAAGAAUGCUUCGUUCACGUAGAAUUGCUUUUUGUAUUUUAAUUGGUAUGGCAAUUUAUGCUUUAUUAGCUUUGUGCCCUUUACUUUACAAUUUUGAAGCUCGAGAAGUUAUUUUAUUCCAAAAGGCAACUGGUCCAAAUAAAGUAACGAGAAUGAGAAUUGAAAAAUGUACAAUGAUGGAUAUGGUUAGAUGGAAAUUUACAAUAUUUACCUGUUUUCUUUUUGUUCUCUGUUACUUAGUUCCUCUAUUUUUGGUUACAUUCUUUUAUACACAAUUAUUGUCUAAAUUACAUCAUCAUGCUAGACAAUUUAAAAGCUCAAAAAUUCGUUCACAAAUUCCAUUAGUUCGAAUCUCUUUAUAUACAAUGGCCGUUGCUUGUUUUUAUUUUAUUUGUUGGACACCAUUUUGGGUAGCUACUGCUUUUGCUGUAUAUUUAGAAUAUGCUGGAGAACAAAAUGGACAAGUACCUCCAGUUUUUGUUUAUUUUAUGUACUUCAUUCAUGCCUUGCCAUUUACAAAUAGUGCCGUAAAUUGGAUUUUAUAUGGUGCUUUAAACGGUCAAUUACAACAACGUGUAAGACACGGGACAUAUCACCCAAAUGUCGGUAAUUAUGGUAUAGUAACCGGACAUCAACAACAUACAAAUUCUUGUUUGGGUGGAGGAUUAUUAAAUAAUGUUGGGGGAGGAGGGGAUGGAAGAAAACAUUUAAGUGAAAUAAUCCAACCAAUUGAACAACAAAAACAACAAAAUAAUUAUUUAAAUAAAAAUUUAUUUGUUUCACAAAAUGGGCAGAGUAAUGCUGAAAGUGCAGCAACUACAACAACAACUACUUUAUUACCUAAAUCAACUAUUGGAUAUUCUUCUAGCAUUGAAGAUCCAUUUACCCGCCACCAAAGUUUUUCAACAAAUAAAAGGCAAAGAAAUAAUUCUUGUUCCAUUUCUGCCGACGUUGGCUCUCAGAAUUGGAAAAAUCGAGCAUCUUCAAUUGCUCAAUUAAGAUCACACAGCUCUUCUUCUUCUCUUGCUCUUUUAAUGUCCAAUAAUGAAAGACAUUCAUCAUUUAAUUCAAAACAUUCCCAAAAAAUAAAUAAUCACCAACAAAACUUUCGUUAUAGACAACAUUCUUUGCCAAAAAUUUUAAAAGAAAAUAAUUUAGAAAAUAAAAAUAAUAAUAAAAGUUUUGAAAAUAUAAAUAAUAAUAAUAUUGAGAGAAUUGAAGAUGAAGAAAAAUCCCUUUUAUUAUUUAAUGCUUCUGAUUCUAUCCAUUGUUUGUUACGUAUUGAUAGCCAAACAAGUACUUUUCUUUAAAAAAUGGAAAAAAAUGUUUGCCGUAUUUCUUUGAUUAAUUACUAGAGAUGCUCAAGACUGAAGAUUUUCUAAGACCAAGCCAAGAUUUUACCCCAAGAUCAAGACCGAAAAAACCCCAAGGAAAGUCUUGAGUCAAGAACAAGACCAAGAGUCUUGGACAGCUCGAUUAAGUACCUUUCCUCGUUUGAUCACCCCCUAUACUG